AUGGUAGAACAGCUUACCCCAUUUGCGCUUGCAUAUAUCUCAAGUGUCAAUGAGUGUUUGAAUGGGAAUUUUGAUUAUAACUCAACUUAUUGUUCUAAUGCUUUCCGAAUACUUUCAAAAUUUGAAGUGACUGAUGUUAAUAUUGACCUACCAAUGUCUACUAAAGUGGAUUUCUAUUUCUUAUUAACACAAUUGAUACUUUCACUUAUUUUAAAUUUGGAUUUUCUUAUAAUAGCUUUUUUGGAAUUCACAUACUAUGGAAUACUAGUUUAUAGGGAUCAAGAAAUUGAAACAAAGACUUAUAUCGGGGAAGCUUUUCGAGUCUUUAUAUGGAAAUGGGAAACUCAUGUAUCAUUCCCAAUAAGAUUUUACAGUGAAUUGUUUUCUGAGUGGUAUGAUUCUAUCAAAUCAGCGUUUGGUUCAGUUUUCAAAAAUGAUUAUACCUUGAUAAUAGACAAUCCAAUUCCGUUUCCUAGUGAUAAUACAGAGAAUAAUAAUGAGAUUAAUCAUUCAUCUGAAACGAAAUUUCCUCCUGAAAUUUGGGCAUUGAUUCUUUAUUUCACACCAAGAAACGAUUUACUCAAUGUGAUGCUUGUGAAUCAUCUAUUUCUUGAGCUUGGUGCUUCAAGAUUUUAUGAAAAGAUUCAUUGUAUUGCAGCUAUAUAUAAUAAAUCUAUAAUCAGAAAUGCAGAUAGGGCUUUUUUAAGAACUGGCAAUGAUCAUUCUUCUCCAAAUCCAAUGUUUACCAGAGAAUCUGAUAUCAAUGUGCAAGAUGAAUAUGAUAUUUAUAAAAGACAAAAAUUUUGGUUCCAAAGAGACAAACCAUAUGAUUUUGUGGAUUUCCAUACUACAAAUGAACAACUUUAUUAUGCUGAAAAGUUUAAAGAAGAUCCUAACGUUCAGCUCAUAACCAAAUAUAAGCAAAUAAGAAUGAUUUUAAAUAUGAUGAAUAACGAAAAGUCUAUUAUGAGAAAAUAUAUAAAAGAGAUCAAAUAUGAUGUUGUAUUUCUUCAAGAAUGUUGCGAGAUUUUUGAAACAUUUCGUUCAGAUUUAAUAAAGUUUGGACCUCAAAAUCUGAAGAAAGGAACUGAACAAAAACUUAAUAUGCAAACAUUUGAUAAUGAAUUUUCAGAUUUAUUAAGGCAUAGAUAUAAUUAUAAAGUGGGAUGGGAACGCGUUAAGAUAAGGUCACAUCCAUUACGUGGGCAAAGAAUAGUACCACUUAACACUUAUUUUUUUCCCUUUAUCGAUUUAAGAUUUCCAAAAAAUGGUUGUCAAGUUGAUUUUUUGGCAAGACUUGUGGAUUCAUAUCAAACUGAUUUAGAACAAGAAUUUCAUGAGUCUUUAGCACAAGGAAAUAUUGAACAAGCUUCAGUAUUAAUGGAUGAUUGUGAAAAAGCCGUUUGGGAUCUUAAUAACAAGGUUAUUCUAGACCAUAGAGAACCAGCUUCAGAAGAUGAUAUAGGGCAAUUUAUUGAUCAAAUAAAGAGUACUUUAGUCUUUGAACUAAAUGACAAAAUUCAUAAAUCAUUCGCCUUAGCUUCAGAAUCCAAUAUUAAACAUGACUUUUAUCGUGGCUUUUACAAUGGAUUUCAUCGGGAUUUUUUCACUAAUGCUAUACCAUAUACUCCAAAGAUGGUGGUUUUUGAUGUUAGUAAAGAUGAUUCUAACUGUUAA